CUAAUGGAAAAUCGGGAAGGAAUAAAAAUCUAUUAUUAAAUGUUAAUGCUGAACAAUGUACAUUGGACGGAUGGGCAAUAUUUGGCUCUAUAGAAGCAGUAACGACCUCUUCUCGUACGAAGAAUAAUAAAUGUUAUUUUUCGGCUACUGGUGGCAAGGCGUUGAUGUCUCAAAUUGUUAAUGUUUCUGAUGAUGCAGUUAAAUGGUUUCGACAUAAUAAGGGAGAAAUUUAUAUCAGUGCGGAAGGUGAUCAUGUUUUGAUUAGAAUAACAUUACUUAACUCAGCUAACAAGGUGGUUCAGAACUAUACCUUGGGUCCGUUAAUCAGUGAACAUGAAUCAAAAUUAAUGUACAAUCAACGAAAAAUAUCCAGUGUCUACAAUGAAACAACGACUAUAAAAACAGAAGUCAUAUUUGAACGUAUUGAUGGAUUGUAUGGUAAUAUUUUUUUGUCAAUUGAGCAAUUGUAA